AAAUCAGUGUUCGUUGAGUGAUAAUCGGAUAAACUGAUUCAAUUAAAUAUUUUAGUUAAUAUCUAGUGAUCUUUUUUAGAAAAUUUUAUAUUUUUUUUCAAAUUUUCUGUAUUUUUAAUAUUUAGAAAUAAUUAAUUUGAAUGUACUAAUUGCAACAAGAUAUACGGACGAGAAGAAUUGUUAUUUUUUUAAUUUGUAGAAAACAAAACUAUAUCUUCCAAUAAUAUGGAUGAAAAUAUUAAAAAUUAUCAAUAUGGCAUAAAAUCAACUUUAGCUCAAUGUAUGGCAAUAUCAGGAGUAUGGUUUUUGCAAAUCGAACUCGGUGCAAUAGUCAUGGUACCAACUAUAGUUAUUGGAGCCUUAGAAAAUAAUGCAUCCAAAGACGUAAACGAAUUUUUGACUAUGACAAGCAAAGAAGCGUCAUGGUUCGCUAGUCUACUAUAUUUGUUCACGCCUCUGGGAAAUCUUUUAUCCACAUUAUUACUGGACCGUCUCGGUCACAAGAAAUGUAUGAUACUCACAAAUAUACCGUGCCUAGUAGCUCAUAUAAUGUUGUAUUUCGCUGAAAACAUAGACAUUCUGUACGCCAGCUCAAUCCUAAUGGCGUUGGGUAUGGGAUUUUCAAACGCACCGAGUCUUGCAUACGCCGGUGAAGUAUGCGAGCCGAAACUAAGAGGCGCUUUGACUUCAGCACUGAACAUAUUUUAUUAUGGCGGAUCCAUAACAUUGACCACGUUAUACAGCUAUAAUAUGCAAUGGAGAUUGACGGUGCUAAUAACUACGGUUUUUCCAAUUUUGACCAUUAUUAUAUUAAUAGCGACUCCAGAUUCUCCGAUAUGGUUAUUGGCCAGAGGAAAACAUUCAAAAGCACAUCGAAACCUCAGCAGAUUGAGAGGAAAAGUUUCGUAUGAGAAAUGUGAAAACGAAUUUCAAGAAAUGGUUAGAUACAACGUUCCCUCUAACAAUGACGAACAACAUCACAAAGAAAAUACAAAUAUUUGGAAGCAACUUUUGGAGCCUGAAGUACUAAGGCCUUUACGUUUAAUGACGAUAUAUUUUUUCUACAUGAACUUAUUAUCUGGAUUACCAUUAUUACCAUAUUUAGUGGCAAUAUUAAAUACAUUUGCUGCACCUGUUAACGUCGAAUGGACAAUAUCAUUUUCGAUGUUCCUUUCUGUAAUAGGAAGUUUAAUGGCAGUUUUUCUGAUACGUAAAUUAGGCAAACGAGUUCUUACGCUAGUUACGUUAUCGGUUUGCUCUAUUUGCUAUAUACUUAUUGGAUUCAUUGGUGUUUAUUGGAAAAACACCGAAUCAUGGACAUCAUGGACAGUACUAAUACUCUUUCUAACUACUAUCUUAGUUUCAUCAAUUGGAAUAACGCCCGUUUCGUGGACUCUAGUCACCGAAAUAUUUCCCGCAAAGUGUAGAAACAUUUUAUGCAGUAUUGGUACGGGUGUUUGUUUUGUUAUUACCUUUUUUAUGACAAAAUAUUAUCCAGAAUUUUCAAUUCUAGUGGGAUUUUUUAAUGUAUUUACUAUUCUUGGUAUUUUUGGUUUAUUUGGUUGUAUAUAUUUUUAUUUUUAUCUACCAGAAACAGAAAACAAAACUUUACAAGAAAUUACAGAGUAUUCUUACAUACCUUUUUUCACCCUGGUCAUCCAGCAUCCACUACAUCAAGUCACAUCAAAUACAAUUUCACAUUUCGAAUCAUUCGAAAGAGAGCUUAAGAAUAACCCCACGUCCAAAAUUAUGGAAGGAAUUAAUAAAUAUAAAUAUGGAUUUAAAUCAACAAUAGCUCAAUGUUGGGCAAUAUCAAGCAUAUGGUUAUUACAAUUUCAAUUCGGCAUACAUGUUGCAAUAUUUAGUAUAGUUAUAGGUACCUUGGAAAAUAACAGGCCAGACGAAAAUGAAUUUUUAACCAUAACAAGAGAAGAAACAUCUAGGAUUGAUAGUUUAUCACAUUUGUUCACACUACUGGGACAUGUCUUGUCCUCACUUUUACUGGACCGUCUUGGUCACAAAAAAUGUAUGAUACUGACAAAUAUACUGUUCCUAAUAGCACAGAUUAUGUUGUAUUUUGCUAAAAACGUAGAAAUGCUAUACGCCAGUAUGAGCCUAAUGGCGUUUGGACUGGGAUAUUCAAAAGCCCCGAGUCUUGCAUAUGCCGGUGAAGUAUGCGAUCCGAAACUAAGAGGCGUCUUGAUUUCAUCAUUGGAUAUAUUUUAUUAUGUCGGAUCCAUAAUAUUGUUUACUUUAUACAGCUAUAAUGAGCAAUGGAGAUUGACGGUGCUAAUAACUACGGUUUUUCCAAUUUUGACCAUUAUUAUAUUAAUAGCGAUUCCAGAUUCUCCGAUGUGGUUAUUGGCCAGAGGAAAACGUUCAAAAGCACAUCGAAACCUCAGCAGAUUGAGAGGAAAUGUUUCGUAUGAGAAAUGUGAAAACGAAUUUCAAGAAAUGGUUAGAUACAACGUUCCCUCUAACAAUGACGAACAACAUCACAAAGAAAAUACAAAUAUUUGGAAGCAACUUUUGGAGCCUGAAGUACUAAGGCCUUUACGUUUAAUGACGAUAUAUUUUUUCUGCAUAAACUUAUUAUGUGGAUUACCGUUAUUCCCUUAUUUAGUAGUUAUAUUAGAUACAUUUCCUGGACCUGUUAACGUCGAAUGGCCAAUAGCAUACGUGAUAAUCCCUUCUAUAACAGGAAGUAUAAUGGCAGUUUUUCUGAUACGUAAAUUAGGCAAACGAGUUCUUACGCUAUUUACGUCAUCGGUUUGCUCUAUUUGCUAUAUACUUAUUGGACUCAUUGGUGUUUAUUUUAAAAACUCCAAAUCAUGGGCAUCAUGGACAGUACUAAUACUCUUUUUAACUACUACCUUAGUUACAUCAAUUGGAAUGAUUCCCGUUUCGUGGACUCUAGUCACCGAAAUAUUUCCCGCAAAGUGUAGAAACACUUUAUGCUGUAUCUGUUUGGGUGUUCACUUUAUUAUUAACUUUUUUAUGACAACAUAUUACCCAGAAUUUGAAUUUCUAGUGGGAUUUUUUAAUGUAUUUACUAUUCUUGGUAUUUUUGGUUUAUUUGGUUGUAUAUAUUUUUAUUUUUGUCUACCAGAAACAGAAAAAAAAACUUUACAAGAAAUUACAGAGUUUUUCAAAUAGAAUCACACACUCAAUCAAAAUAUUUUU